UCAUUAGUCAGUCACGAACUGAAAAGUGGUACGUGUCUCACGCGUUUACUCCAAAUCAGAUUGCAACAAAAAAAAAAAUUGUGUAUUGUGUUUUUGUUACAAAAAACGAAAUGUCAUUUUUGUUAAUAUUAUUUUAAAAUUUUUAUUUAUUAAAACAUUUUUUUGUUUUUCAUGCUUUUUUUUGCUUUAAUGAAAACUUUGCGUGUGGUUAGAAAAAGAAAAACUCUAAAAGUGAAUUUAAAAAUUUCCCUUCUAUUUACGGAGCAUAGGAAUUUUCGAUAAAUUUGGAAAUUAUUUCGAAUACAUUCAGAUUGUACAAUGUAUUCGGAAAAAAUAAGAGGUAUUACGUAAAGAUGUUUGUGUAUUUCGAGAAAGAGGAACUUGUUAAUACGCCGUCAUUUAGAGAUGGAAUUAAUGGUGAGACCGAGACGCAAUACAGAAAAGAGGGAAUCAAUUUUAUUCGAAAUAUGGGCGAAAAAUUGAGUCUUGGAUAUAAUACAAUUGCAACAGCUGUCGUUUAUUUUCAACGAUUUUACAUGGCCCAUUCUUUUUCCGAGUUUCCUUUAUAUAUUACCGCAUGCAGUUCGUUGUUUCUUGCUGGAAAAGCGGAGGAAACGCCAAAACGAAGUAAAGAUCUUUUGAAAGCUGCUUGGGAUAUAUUCGCCAAUGAUGCGGCUGAAAUUAUCGAGAAAUUCGGCGAAACUCCAAGGGAAAGUGUCAUGAAAUGCGAGAGUGUUUUACUCCAAACGGUUAAUUUUGAAUUCGACAUUGAACACCCCUACAAAUAUCUUGUAAAAUAUGCCAAAUAUUUGAAAGGAGAGAAAACGAAAAUUCAAACUAUUGUUCAAAUGGCAUGGAAUUUCGUCAAUGACAGUUUAAGUACAACAUUGUGCCUUGAAUGGGAGCCGGAGGUGAUAGCCAUAGGUUUAAUUAACGUGUCAGCGAAAUUUAAUAAAUUCAAAAUCGACGAUUGGAAGGGACGAAAGCCAAGUCACACAAAAUGGUGUGAUUUAUUCAUUCUCAAUUUAGAAAAUUCCGUAUUGGAGGAUAUUGGCAAUCAAAUUCUGGAUUUGUAUACACCAAAAAAUAAAGAGAUGCGUGAAUCUGGAAAUGCACCCUUGUCGCUUGCAUCGUCAGGAACGCCAAGUUCUUCAACCUCAUCUCCCAAUGAAUCUCUCUCCAUGUCCAUAGAAGAUUCAAAUCAAAUGGUAAUUGGAGCAAAUUCAAAUAAUGUUGUCCACAUUCCGGGACUGCCACCAGUGGAUUUUUCAGUACCGCCACCAGUAAUAUUUUCAACGCCACCACCGCAAAUUAAUGUCUUUGUACCGCCACCAGUCGUACAUUUACCACUACCAUCGCCAAUUAAUUCAAUGUUACCGCCAGUGCCUGCAAAUUUAUCUGUACCGCCACCAAAUUUUUUCCCCAAUCAGUGCAAUUUUAAUGUUUCAUCGUCCCCAUCGCCAGUCACGCCCGUUCAAGCGUUUAAGCAAAAAAUAAAUUAUUCCUGUUUUUCAACACCAGACUCACCAUUUAAUAAUCAAUUAAAUUAUUCAACAAAAACGUGAUUUCUAUCUAAAUUAGAAUGUAUCUUUUUUUACAUUUUUUUUUCGUUAUUUAUUUUUAGUGUAAAUAAAAUUGUACAUAAUUUGUUUUACAAA